AUAUAUAUAGAGUAUAUAUAUAAAACAGUAUAUCACAAUGAAUCGCAAUUUCCCUUCAACUUUGUGCUUCGCUUUUUUUCUGCUGAUCGUCGCGCCAGCCUGUCUUGGGGAUCUGAUGUGCUAUGUGUGCAAUAACUGCGCAAAGGUGGACAACGAGACGCCCCUGUUGGCCUGCAAUGAGGACUUCUUCAAUCAUGGCGGCAGCACCGAAGCCUCCACCGUGACGACAACCGCAAUGACCACCACUGACGAGCUGCCAAAAACCACUGAAUCGACAAGCGUAACCACCGAGGCGUCACCCAGCACCACCAGUGAGCCGGAGAGCUCCACCAAUGCCGUUGAAACCACCACAGAAGCAGGCACCACCGAGACAACCGCAAGCACCGAGCAGCCAAUGCCAACGCCUGCAACUGUGGGCCCACUAGAGACGACCACCGGUGUGCCCACGCCCCCUGCUGAAGAUUCACUGUCCAAAUUCGAUGUGGACACACCUGUUUCAGUUAGCGUCACAGACCUGAACAUCCGUCAGCGUAGAGCCUUGAUUGAUACAGGCGUUAGCUAUCACUGCUAUAAGGUGCAAAAGACAGUCGACAAUGUGACGCAGCUCGACCGCGGCUGCUCGCGUGUCACUGCUGAGCAAUCCGUUUGCCAAGAACUACAGUUGCAGAACGCCGGGGCUGAGUUGUCUAAGUGCGAUCCGUGCACCAUGAAUGCCUGCAAUGCUGCCACAUCCACGGUGCACGCCUCCUUCCUGGCGACAAUGCUUGUUGCAAUAACUGCAGCUGUGCUACAGCUCAAAUAAAAAGCGAAUACUGUGAGAAAUGUUCUUCGCCUUCAUCAAGCCUUCCGCCCCCUUCCACCCGCUCUUCCAUUGUCGCCCACUCCAACCCGGUGUUAUUUAGUACAUAUUGCUCAGUUGUUUAAGGUACACACAAAUACACGCACACACACUCACGCAAGCGCACACACACACUCUCUCUCAUUGUUAAGUCAUGCGAAAACUUUAUGUAAUUUGUAAGCGAUACACAAAAAACACACGAAUAUCGAAAUCUAUAUAUAUAAAUAUACACCUCUAUAUAUAGCUCUAUGUGAACUAUAGCUAACCAAAUGUGAAGCAUAAGCCAAUUUACUUGAUAUG